CCUGGCACCGGGCAAGCAUAUAAAGCCAGGCGCUUGGCUCGCCCGUCUGCACUGCCACCGGGGGACCCCGCUUUCUUGGGGGGGACGGGAGAGAGAUGGACGUCACCAUCCACCACCCCUUCUUCCGCAGACGGCUCUUCCCCGGCCCCUCGCCCAGCCCCGUCUUCAGCCAGCAUUUCGGGGAGCCCUUCGUGGAGUCCGAACUCUUCGCAGGCGGCUGGCCCCUGGGCUCCUUCCUGGGGAGGCCCUUCGCCUUCCGGAACGCCGGGUGGAUAGACAACGGACUGCCCAAGAUGCAUCUGGACGACGACAAGUUUUCCGUCAGCCUGGACGUGAAGCAUUUCUCUCCUGAGGAGCUGAAGGUCAAAGUGUGGGGAGAUGUGAUUGAAGUCCAGGGAAAGCACCAGGAACGCCAGGACAAACAUGGCUUCAUCGCCCGCGAGUUCAACCGGAAGUACCGAAUCCCAGCCGACGUGGACCCGCUCACUAUCACCUCCUCCCUCUCCUCGGAUGGCGUCCUGACGGUGAACGGACCAAGGAAACUCAAGGGAACCCCGGAGCGCAGCAUCCCUGUCAUGCGGGAAGAAAAAUCGGCCCUCCUCCCAGGACCAAGGAAAUAAAAAGACCCCCAGAGACCCUGACCUUUUCUGUCAACUG